AUGUCAUAUGGCUUCGUCAACGCGUUGAGUCUGCAUUGGACGGAGCCAGGCUCGGCCGAUGCCUGGACCGGCACUUCUUGGAUCCGCAAAUGUGCCGCGGGUGUGCUGUCGGAGACCUAUGGCAAAGACUGCGUCUAUGAGCCCAUAAACGAGCCGUCGCAAUCGCCCACGAAACCCCAGCGCAGUCGGCCCAGCCACCGCUGCAGAGAUGAACCCCGAAGACGCUUGUCUCCCAAGCCGCCCGCAGAUCAGAGCACAGGUCCGGAUAUCUGCAGUCUUACCGGCAAUGAGGAAGACCAAAGCGGCCUAGCAAGCGCCGUGGCAAUUCCGGACGGGAAUCAACAAGAAGGCAGUCUACCACGCGAUGCUGGAAGCCUCACUACCACUCCAGUCUCGCGUCUUGUACUCUCCGCCAACGGCCUUCCAAGUUACCAUGGCCGCACCAGUGCCCUUUUUGAGGAGAAUCCCCAAGAGAGGCAGCACGGUGAUCCGCGGCCUCGCAUGUCAGACGAGUGGAUCGAAAAGGGGCUCGUAGCUGAAGCCGCAAAACAGCGUCAACUUGAAGAGCUCAACUUUCGUUCAGGAAAGCUAGACUUUGAUUCCGUUGAUCCAGACCUGGGCAUGCAUCUCCUCUCUCUCCAUUGGAAUAGGCAACACCAUUCAUUCCUCAUCACAUAUCGACCAGCAUUCAUGCGGGACAUGGCCUGUGGAGGGCCCUACUUCAGCAAGCUCCUACUUAAUGCUAUCUACUUUGGGUCUGCAAAAUUCAGUCCGCGAUUGGAGGUCAGGAAAGACCCGAAUGAUCCUCGAACCGCUGGUUGGAAGUUUCGCGAGCGAGUGCGCGAACUGCUCGGCGGGUCACUAGACCGCAGUGAUAUCACAACCAUACAAGCGCUGUUAGUUAUGACCAACUCGCUCUUCGCACUCGGAGAUGAGCGCAAUGCUGCCUGGCUCUACUCAGGUCUGGCAUUUCGGAUGAUCAUCGACCUGGGAAUGCAUAUUGAUGUGGCCAGCGCUGCUGGGGUACGAAGAUUCUCUGACGAGGACAUCGAGAUCCGGAGGCGGGUCUUCUGGGGGGCUUUUGUUGUUGACAAGAUCCAAAGCCUCUACCAAGGUCGGCCUGCGAGUCUUCGCGAGUCAGAUGCGCUCGUCCCGAUGGACUUCUUUGACACUUACGAGGAGUUUGAGUACUGGGCGCCGUUUGCGCACCCAGACCAGCCCAAACGCUACUCCGGGUCUCCGGCUUAUAGUGUCUCAACCUUCAAGCAUUUAUGCAAGCUUUCUGUGGCGAUGGCUGACAUCCUGAGCAAUAUCUAUACAGAGCGCAGUUUCAAUGGGAGUCCAUCAGAGCUCUCAUCCAUGCUACAGAGCCUACACUCAAAGCUCUUGGGCUGGAAGAAGGCGUUGCCGCAGCACCUUUUGGUCGAUGCUAGUACUGAAGAGAGGCUUUGCCCUCCACCUCAUAUUCUCAGUUUACACGCGAUGUUUCACGUACUCAUCAUACUGCUUCAUCGCCCAUUCGUUGCGGAUGGGCACUUGUUCAAUAUAGCCCGAUCGGUAGCGGUCAACUCGUUUAUUGAGUGUGCGUCGGCUGCAUCGGACAUUGUCUCGCUUCUUCGCACUUACGAUGGCGCAUUCUCGGUUCGACGAGCCCCAUAUCUCAUCUCUUAUGCUACAUAUGUCGCCGCAACCAUUCAUGCUCGCAUUGCGUCGAAACGCGAAAACGCGUCAGAGGCGCAUCGGAGCCUUGAGACAUGCCUUGCUGUUUUUCGCGAGAACCAGGAAACAAAUUGGGCCGUCCGGAAAGCAAAUCUUGUCAUUCGAAAUCUGAUGAAACGCCUCGGUGUUUCAAUAGCAGGACCUGACGAGGAGCUCAACAUUCAUGUCGAAAAGACUUCUGCCAAUGCUGUUCCGAGUGCAGACUCUACAACCCCCUUCGCAUCUAGGGCCGGCCAGGGAACAGCAACAAGCCGGGAAGACCUGCCCUCUGAAUCGCCGAGCAACGACUGGCUACACAUUGACGAGAUCAUCCAAAGCUUUGUUCGAGCCGCUGGGGAGCAAUAUGGACAAUCAAAUCCAACCAGUCAGCGUCAGGGACUCCCUACGUUGCAGCAAAAUGAUUCUUUGGUCCAAGGCCCAGGUGAAUCCGGUCUUCUAAGAGCGCAGCCCUUGCAGUAUGGCUCCGAGCUGAUGCCCCAAGAUUAUUACGCCUCUCAAAUGCCAACCUGGCAGGAUCCGGACACGGCCAUGACGGUGGAACCAGCCUCGGUGGACGAUUUGCUUUUUGGAUUCAAUGGACUGGAGAGUUUUCAACCUCUCAACUGGCAAUCGAUGUAA